AAAUGCUAUGCAUAAUAAUUAUUUUAAGCGGACCAAUGCCGAUGAUUUGUUUGGCUGCGGCAGUCAGCUGCUUGAGCGCAGCUGCAACCGGCACUUGGAGACUGGAGUAAACCGAGCGGAAAGGAAACCUUUACCAGAUCAAUUGGUUAAUUCGGUAGAAAAAUGAGCUGGGCUGCUAACCAGAGCUUUACGAGUCAGACGACCAUCACGACCAGUUCAUCCAGCAGUCAGCAGCGCAUGCAGCAGGAGGGAUCUCAGGAGAAUGCAUACUUCCAUUACAACAUUCCUGUGCAGUAUAACCAGGAAAUGCCGGCCAUUAUGCUGUCGUCCAAAUCACAGGAAUUCCGUGCUGAUGCCAAAGUCCAGCGUUUAGCUAAUGCGAUGCGAAGAGAAGUGGAAAUGUUCCAAGGACCAUUUAGGGAAUACGUUGCCGAAUCGUACCGAUUGACACCCGAUCAAACGUACCACAUUAAGGUACGAGUUGCUCCCGGGAAAACGAUCGAACUAGCCGUUUACUCAUCCGAGUGAUUGUCCCCCAUAUCUACAGAACAAGUCUGUCUGGAAUACGGGCCCGCAUUUUUGUCAGUCUAGCAGCAGCUUUUAUACGUGUUUGUCAUAAAGCAAAUUAGUAGUGCAUCAAACCAGCACAAAACAAUAACCAACGAUGUCCACGUUUUGUGUUCGGUAUUGUAGAGAAUGAAGAUCGGUUGAAGAGCAUUGUAUAAAAUAGAAAAUUCAUUGAUUGAUUCUUUGUUGGUCCGGUGCGCAGCUCUUGCCGCAAUUUCAGCAUGUCAUCACUGAACUGUAUCAUUUCCAUGACGAGACCUUUCGACAGGUACAUGAGAUGAUGCUGAUACUGUGAACAACUACAUACGGAACAUGGUCGUUCAGAAAUAUACUGAAACCUGGGAAUAUACUGAAAACCUAUGUAAAGUGAUGAUAUAAAUACAUUGAAACUGCAAGUACGCAAGUACUUACAUAUUGGUCCGUAUCGCAAUAAAAAUACUACCGUACAA